AUGCAAGCAUUCUUAAAACAGAGAAAAGUUGAAACAGAGUAGCCAAAAGAAAUAGGCUAAUAUGUGCCAAAAGAUGCUAGAAAGGAGGUUGUUCAGGAAUUGAAACGUUCUCAUUUCGUUCUUGGUUCAGAUAGUUCUGAUUUUAGGACAAAGAAUCAAGUUGCGUAAUAAGAUUAGAACUGGAAAAUUGAUCUUGAGGAGAAGUAAAUCUAUAAUAGGUUCAGCCAGUAGAUUAAAUAGUCACAUGUGCAAAUAGGUAUGAAUAACAAAACUUCAUUUUAAACCACUCAUGAGUAAAACUACGACAAGAAGACAAUUGACUAAAAUGGAAUUAUCGCUGCUUAAGAAGCCAAGAAAGACUUGAGAAAGUCUCAUUUUAAUUUUGGCAGUUUAUCAGUUGGAGCUGACAGUUUCGUCACUACUAAUCAAGAAAGAUUUAAGAGCAAUCCUAACUUAAAUCCAGCUGAUUUACGACCAUAAAUUAAGGGUUAAGAUUCAAGAGAGAACAAAAUUGUUACUGGCAAAGAAAAGCCUAACUACCAAACUUCUAUGAAAGACUCACUGGCUUCACAUGAUUUGGCAGAAUCAUAUAAAAAUAUGUAAUAACAACAAGAAUAGGGAAGAAAUGUAAGAUAGCAUCACUUUUAGUUUGGCUAUAAUGGCGAGCAAAGUGUAAUGAGUGAAUAUCAAAAUUUCUAAAAUGAUAGGUCAAAGAGUGUUGCUCUAUCUGGACCAAUUAUAAGAUCUGCCAAUGAUAUUAAGAAAACGACUAUAGAACUAGGAAAUAAAUGGCAUUAGAAUGAUUACACUUCAAUGAUGAAGAUGAAUCAUUAAGUUAACAGUUUGACAAAUAGAGAGCCUUCUAAUGGGCUAAGUGCUACUGAACUUGCUAAUGUCGCUAAAUUGGAUCUUAGAAAAAGUCAUUUUAUGGUUGGAAGUGCUCCAACUAUCAACGAAAGUUCAGCUAAAAGUGCAUUUAAAUCUCAUGAUAUCACAAAUGAUUUAAAGAAUGAGAAGCUUGCAAUAUAAUCUAGAAUGUAGAAGGGGAAUUUCAAAAUAGGUGAUGAAAAAGCCUAAGCUACUUAAUUUGAUACUUCAUAUAAGGCGGGUCUUGCAUCAGCUGAUAGAAUUCAUAAUGAAAUAUAGAAUAAAUCCGAGGAGAAAAAGCCAGUUUAUCCUUCAAUCAAUCUCGGCUUCGGCCAAAAUGACUACAUUUCUGAAGCGAAAUCAAAAUUCCAAGCAGUUUAAGGAGAUAAAGAAAUGGCAACUAAGAGUAUCAUUGAAAAGAAUAGAAAUCCUCACUUUAAGUUUGGAGAUGGAUUAAGCCACGACAUGACUUCAGUCUCAAAGCAGUAAUUUGACUACAAGGGUAAUGCAUCUGAAAUCAGAGGUUUCCUAGAUGAAUCUAGAAAAUAAGAUUUAAAGCAGCAUCAUUUUGCUAUGGGUUCUCACACUACUGAAUAUUAAACUUCAAAUCAAAAGCAACUUAAUACUGAUUAAACCAAUAAUUAACUCUCAGCAGGUGCCAAAUUUGAGACAAAGAGUCUUUUGAAAAAUAGUGGACAAAGAAUAUUUGGAGGAAACAUGCCUCAAGGUAUUCAAGUAGGAGCAGGGGCAGAUUACAAGACUACUAACCAGAGCUAUAUCAAGUGGAUCCAACCAGCACCGACACAGAUACAAAUGAAUAUGGGUGGACCCUCAAAGCAAUGA